AUGGAGAAUUUACUUAGAGAAAUUUAUGAAAACGAUGGUGUUAUCAAAGAAUUACAGCUUAUCCCAAUUAAGAUGCCUAAAAUUAAACAGCUAAUAAGAUGGUUAAAAAGGAAAUUUAGAUGUCAAAAAAAUAAAAAGUUACUCUUAACAACUAAGAUCGAGGGUACAUUGUCAACGGAUAAGAAAAAUGUAGAUUUGCCUUUAAUUGAAAAAGAUAAAAGCCUUUUUUUAAACACUGAACCGGAUAAGAGCCAAGUUUUAGUUGCAACACAAAAUAAAAGUCGUGUUUAUCAAUUCGAAAAUUUGCCGGUGCCAGUAAAUGCAACUCUAGUAAUGGAUAAAUUUAUAAUUCGUCAGAGUUUUAAAACUUCAGAUAAGGACAAUGUAAAUAAUAAUAAAUCUAGUAAAAGCAAUCAAAAGCAAAGCAAUUUAGAUACCAACAAUAAAGAAUACAAAAAAAAUUGUACUAUUUGGGAUUCUAAUUUAUCUAAAAUUUAUCCUUGGCUUGAAAAAUCAGAUGAUGAUGAUGAAUCAAUUAAAGAGGCUUUAUUAGAGAAAGCAGCAAAUAAUCAGCAAGCUGCUUCUUUAUUGGCUGAUAUUGAUCAAGAAUUUAAAAUUGCAACAAUGUUUUUAGCUAAUUAUUUUUUUAUAUUAAGAAAAUUAAUAUGUAUAUUUCAAUUAGACUAUAUCUUAUUUGCUAAUAUUCAACAACAUGUUACAAUAAUAAUUGAUGCAAUUCAAGCUUAA